AUGGUGUGGAAGUACCUCCUCCCUUUGGCAUCCGUUGCCGCCGCAGCCGUUAAUCUGACCUGCCCAGACUACUCAGUCUACUCCACCGAAAACCAUGGACCAUACUCUGGAGGACGUUUCAACCUCUCGUACCAGCGUCCUAUACCUCGAUGCCGAACGUUCAACUCCUCGAUCGUGGAAGACGAAAUUCAGAGCAUUUCCAGCCGAAUCCAAGACCCCGAUUUGAAGAGACUCUUCGUCAACUCCUUCCCAAACACCUUGGACACGGCGGUCAAGUGGAAGGGCUACGCCAAUGGCUCGCAGGGAGAAGAUUUGACGUUUUUGAUCACGGGCGAUAUCAAUGCCAUGUGGCUGCGCGAUUCGGCGAACCAGAUGCAGUCGUACUUGCCUCUGUUGAAGGCAUCUUCUUCGGCCAACUCGCUCGCUUCGCUCUACCGUGGUGUCAUCAAUCUCCAGGCUAGAUACUUGCUGAUUGACCCUUACUGCAACUCUUUCCAGCCACCCGCAGAGUCUGGCGUUGCGCCUUCUGUAAAUGGUGCGUCGACCGAUGAUGAUGUGAGGCCGAGAUACAAUAAUCAGACCGUCUUUGAGUGCAAGUAUGAGUUGGACUCUCUGGCGGCGUUCCUUGAGAUCUCGGACAACUACUACACAGCGACCAAGGAUAUUGAUUUCUUCAGAAAGUACAACUGGGCCAAAGCUGUGGAAGCCAUCCUGACUGUUGCGAACAACAUGAUGGUCCCCACAUAUACACAAAACGGCAGCGUAGCGAACUUGACCUACCAGUUCACAAGAGACACGACGAGAUCAACGGAGACACAGGCGAAUGAUGGGCUCGGCAACCCACUCAACAACGGCACUGGUCUGGUCAGAUCAUUCUUCAGACCCAGCGACGACGCCACCAUCUACCAAGGCUUCAUCCCAGCGAACAUGAUGUUCUCAAUCAAGCUGCAAAAUUGCGUCGAGAUUGCAUCCAGGCUUGGAAACCAGGGCGGUCUUGCGGAUAGAAUGCGAAAUCUGGCUUCAGGCAUUAGGACUGCGAUUACGAACCACGGAAUCGUGCAGACGCCCACUCAUGGCCGCGUCUAUGCGUUUGAAGUGGAUGGCUAUUUCAGCCAGAACAUCAUGGAUGAUGCCAACAUCCCUUCGCUUCUCUCGGCUCCAUUUUUGGGGUACUUGGAUCAGAACGACGAGGUCUAUCAGAACACUCGAGCUUUGAUCUUGUCCGCUGGCAACCCCUACUUCAUGCGAGGUCCGGUCAUCAAUGCCAUUGGCGGUCCUCACAAUGGGCCUGGAUAUGCCUGGCCAAUGGCUUCUAUCGUCCGCAUCUUGACGAGUAACGACGACAGGGAGAUCACUGAGCAGCUGCAGGAGAUUGUCAGCAGUACGGAUGGGCUGGGCUUGAUUCAUGAGAGUAUCAAUACUUUCAAUGUCAGCGAUUGGACGAGACAGUGGUUCUCCUGGGCGAACGGACUGUUUGGACAGACCAUCCUCGACUUGAACGAUCGCAAGCCCAAUCUCCUCAAACAGAGCUACCAAGGCGGUUCAGGAGGCGGUGGAGGCGGCUGGGGCAAUGGCGGCGGCUGGGGCAAUGGCCAUGGUGGUCCUGGAGGCUGGUAA